AUGUCUUUUCCGUUGAGUAAACUAGAGAUCAUCGGACAUUUAAGAGCGUCGUAUCAAAUGAACGUUGAGGACGAUGAUCAGGCACGGCAACUUGUAAAAGCGAUAGACUUUGGCAGCAUUGGUAAUAGUUAUUAUCCAGAUUUGGAGCCUCCCAGCUCUCCUCCUAUCAUGAUGAAAGUUGCCAGGCAUUUACAAAAGAGUGUUGAGAAAAAUGAACAGGUUGCUGGUAAUGAUGAUAUAGGUGGUGGCGGUACUCAUAAGGGACCUUCGAAAAGACAAAGUAAGCAGCACAAGGAAGACUCUAGUCGAAGGCGUGCAUCGAACCUCCAUGAAGAAGAGAAGAAAAAUAAUGAAUUUUCAUCGCAGGGUCUGAUAAAUAACAUAUCACCUUCAAAAGUAUCCAAGUUUCUUCAUAGUAGCAGUGAUGAGAACGCGACGAAUAGUGAAACGGAUAAGUCAUUGGGAUCUCAUGACCAUAGUUUGGGCUUGAUUGAAGAAGAAGGUAAUGAAGAGAUUUCUAGAAGUGCUUCUAAUUCUGCCUCUGUAGACAAUGAUGAUGCUAUAACUAUUGACAGUGAUUUUGGAGUUCCAGUCACUGCAAGUGGUGAAGUCAUAAAGGACGAUUCCUAUAGUCUACGUUCCAGAUAUCACAAGAAAUCCAGAAAUAAGAUUAAGGAAAAACAAAGUCUUCUGAGUAAUAAGUAUGCCGACUUGGCAGAUAUCAGCAAAGGAAAUGGCAAGAAAGAAUACACGAAUGAUUAUGUAGAAGAUGGCGAUAUUGACGAUGACGACAAUGAUUAUGAUUACAAUAAUGGAAUUAAUGCCAAUAACAAGAACGAUGAUGGUAAUAAUAUUGAUGAAGAUCGCAAUAACGGAAUUGUUAAUGGCAUCAAGGAACACGAUGACGGUGAUAUUAAUGAUAAUGAUGACAAUGAAGCUAAUGACUAUGGUGAUGAAGAUGAUGAUGAUGGUGAUGACGAUGAUGACGAUGAUGACGAUGAUGAUGAUGAUGAUGAUGAUGACGAUGAUGAUGAUGAUGAUGAUGAUGAUGAUUACGAUGAAGACGACGACGACUUUCUUGAUGAUUUCACUUCGACAGACUCAGCAUUCACAGACAUCGAGACAGGAUCAAUCUUGAGUACAUCAAUGUUACUAGAAGAUCUCCAUGGCAAGGCUACGGACUUUACGUUCGAUGACAAAACCGAUCAGUCUGAGAUAGGUAGAAAAUUUCGUGGUAAAAGAAGGAAAGAUUCGAUCGAUUCGACCUUGUACAAAGACUCGGCAUCGGCGAUGUUAAAACAUUCAUCUUCACAGACUUCAAUGAACGCUCAUAAUAAGCUAGAAUUUUCUCGUGGAACUACUUUAUCUCCCUCUCAACAAAGUUUGAACUUUUCAUUUCAAAAGAUAAAUCCAAAGGAGAAAUGCGAGGUAGAUAACGGGAAUUCUUCCAAUUUGAGUUCUUUGAUUAGAUCCAAGUUCAGGACAUCAGAUCUGAACCCUCUUUUAUAUUAUACAUUUGUUGGAUCCCGAUUUGCUUCCAAUCCAGCUAUUUCAACCGCAAUCAAUAUCUUUAUGCCUCCUAUUAAAGAGCCUUUAUUAAGAGAACUAGAAAUGAAUGAUAAUGCUUCUAUCGCGGAUUGCAUUGGGUACAUACUAUUAAGCUUGUCAAAAUUGGAUGAUUUUAAACCCAAGUUGAAUGAUAUGGAAUUCCUCAAUCCUAAUAAUUGGAGAUUAGAACUAGUUGAUGAAGAUGGCGAUAAUUAUGGAUCGUUUGGGAUAUUAGACAGAACUCGAUUGCUUUCUUCCUAUAAUAGCCCUAAAGAUUUAGCUUUAUGUCAUGUCGUGAAGGAAGAGGAGAAGUCUAAAAAUGAAAGUGAUAGCCCCUUGCCCAUGGAAUUGAAAAUGACGUUUCUUAAAAUGAAUGAGACACCCCAGAAAAGUGAGGUCAUUGAAGAAGAUCGAGACUCUAGCCUUCAAACAGUUCAUCAGACAAGAGAGUCAAAGGAGUUGAGAAUAUUCUCGAAACCGUCUAGUAAAUUGUCCCCGAAUUAUGUGAGAUAUUAUGUCUAUCCUGGGGCUAAUUUCGGUCUGCUUCUUCAUAAAUUUUGUGCUGAACGUAAUCUAGACCCAUUUAAAUACGUUUUCGCCGAAAUUAAUUCGGAUUCUCUGAACGACAACAAAGAAAGCACCUUAUUACAGAAAAAUUUAAUUGACAAUUCUGCCUUAGUUUCCAUAGAGCCCAUGCGAAUAUUAAAAUCCACCGAUAUUGUGACUGAUAUAAAGAGUGACACAUUAGAAUUGGUUCCCAAAAAAGACUUACCGCCUACCUUAUUAGCACAUCUGUCCAAUUAUAGCUCCUUAUUGAACAACGUUAUCACUCCAUCGGAUGGAACAUAUACGCUCUCUGUCAUAACUCCUCCUCCACAAAGGAGAGAGGAUGAGAAAGGAAUUACAGAACAAAUGACGAACACAAAGACUAACUCAACUGCUGCCCAGGCAAAUAUAAAUUCAGCACAGAAUAUAAAGAAAACAAUUAAUUCAAACAAGUACUUAGAUGAUAUAAUUUCUGGUAAAAACAAUCAGUUGCCCACAAACCUAAAUACUAUUUAUUUCAAAUGGAAAGUCUGGAGGAAAAAAACCACGAUUUUGAAUAAAAUAGAAAAAUCUUUAAUUAUAGAUGGUGAUUACGUUCAUUUGACUCCAUCUGAUGAUCUUGUUUUCAAAAAGAACCCGGAAAACCCUUUCACCAGUCAAAGUGCAGCUCAUGUACACCACUCGCAACAUCACUUUAAUCAUUAUAACUACAGCAAUUAUUACAAGGAACUGAUGAUGAAAACUACCUCUUUUCACAUUACUCAAAUUACAAAGAUAAAGCAGUAUAAAAACUCAAAAAAUCCCAACCAUUUCAAAAUCGUCAUAACAAAGCAACCUGAUCCAGUUCAUGCCUCCGCGAAAGAUUCUAGGUCCCAAAAGAAGUACGACUUGGAAGCUGUAGAUGCAAAGGAGUGCCAGGAGAUAGUUGACAAAAUCAAAUGGGUUUUACAGAUCUAUAAGAUGUCUAGUAUAUAUAAUUAA